AUGGUCGACGCAUUUUCAAUGGUUGAAUCGGAAAGACUGAAAUUUAUAAGAUUUAACCAGAAUAAGUUAAGAGUUGACAUGUACAAGGGUAUCGAAGAAAGUAUUUUGAAGGGAGAUACGGAUGCUAGAUCCAUUGGCACGAGGGUUAUUCUACCAGGCCGUUUUACCCAAGGUCCAAGAUACAUGUUUAACAACUUCGUCGAUGCUCUUCAAAUAUGCAACUGGAUUGGAUUUCCAUCGUUGUUCAUCACUAUUACCUGCAAUCCACAGUGGCCGGAAAUUCAAAGGGCGUUGAGCGGUACUAAUUUGAGACCUGAAGACCAUCCCGAUAUUCUUGCUCGAGUUUUUAAGAUGAAGCUCGACAGUCUGAUGUCAGAUUUGAAAAAGGGCAAAAUAUUUGGUCGCAUUAGAGCAUAUGUCUGCACAAUUGAGUUUCAGAAGCGCGGUCUCCCGCAUGCGCACAUAUUAAUUUGGCUUCACAAUGAAGACAAACCGAAGACAUCAAAAGACAUAGAUAAAAUCAUAUGUGCCGAAAUCCCAGAUAAGGUAACAGACCGAAAGAUGUACGAUUUGGUUGAGAAGUAUAUGAUUCACGGUCCGUGCGGUCUGGCCAAUCAAAACUCUCCAUGCAUGAAGGACGGGAUUUGCACGAAGCGAUUUCCAAAGAGUUUUGUCAACCGUACUGAGGCCGAUGCAGAUGGUUAUCCGGUGUACAGAAGAAGAGAAAAUGGGAGGACCGUGGUUAAGAAGAAAACAUAUCUCGACAAUGGUUUCGUCGUGCCUUAUAACCGUGCUCUACUGAAAAAGUACAGAGCACACAUUAAUAUCGAGUUGUGCAACCAGAAUAAGUCGAUAAAGUAUUUAUUCAAAUAUCUUUCGGCAUGCGAGGCUGCUUGGAGGUUAUUUAGCUUUGACAUUCACUUUAGAGAACCACCAGUGAUUAGGUUAAGCUUUCAUCUUCCGGACAGUCAGUCAGUUGUGUUUACAGAUAAUGACUCAUUAGUUGAUGUGCUGAACAAACCGACUGCGAAGCAAACGAUGUUCAUUGCUUGGUUCCAAGCGAAUAAGUUGUACCUUGAAGCUAGAAAUUUGAGGUAUGUAGAGUUUCCACAUAAAUUUGUCUAUAAGGUAAAAGCUCGCUGUUGGAUGCCGAGAAAGAUAGGAUUCUCGAUCAGAAGGGUUACCAAUGUACCGCCGGGCAGGGGUGAAGACUAUUACUUGAGACUGUUGUUGAACUUUCAAAGAGGUUGCACGUGUUACGAUGAUCUUAGAAAAGACGAGGAUCACGUCUACACAACUUUCAAAGAUGCGUGUUUUGCGCUUGGACUACUAGAUGACGACAAGGAGUACAUAGCUGGCAUAAAGGAGGCAAACGAGCGGGCCAGUGGUGACUAUGUGAGACGAUUAUUCGUCGUACUUUUGGUUGCAAAUAAUAUGAGCAGACCGGAACAUGUGUGGGAGUGUUGCUGGAAAGAAUUCGCCGAGAAUAUUGCGUACAGACUGCAACAACAUCGCACCAAUUCAGGUCCACAUGUGUCAGAUGAUACUCAGAGAAACUACGCUUUAAUCGAAAUAGAAAAUAUAUUGCAAAGCAACAGCAAAAGCCUAAGUAACUUUCCCCCAAUGCCGAUUCCAAUUCGGUCAAUGACGAACGACAUGGUAAAUAGAUUAGUUCUCGACGAGUUGGACUAUGACGUUGAUGCUAUGCGUGAAGAACUUAAGAAGUACCUUUCAUCCAUUACUGAUGAGCAGAAAAAAGUGUUCGAUGAUAUCAUGGAUGCUGUUGCAAAUGACAGAGGUGGACUGUUCUUUCUUUAUGGGCAUGGAGGAACGGGAAAGACUUUCAUAUGGAAAACUCUAUCGGCUGCGAUCCGUUCAAAAGGAGAAAUAGUUAUAAAUGUUGAUUCCAGUGGUAUUGUUUCGCUUCUACUUCCAGGUGGCAGAACUACUCAUUCCAGAUUUGGACGGCCGAUAAUUGUACACGAGAGCUCCACAUGCAGCAUCAAACAACAGAGCCCACAAGCAGAAUUGUUGUCUAGAGCAAAGCUAAUCAUAUGGGACGAGGCACCGAUGAUGCACAUGUACUGUUUUGAAGCACUCGACAAAACAAUGAAAUCUAUACUUGAUUCAGAUAUGCCAUUCGGAGGCAAGGUUGUAGUGCUUGGAGGGGACUUUCGGCAAAUUCUGCCAGUUGUGUUGAAAGCGUCGAGACAAGACAUUGUUCAUGCGACAAUCAAUUCAUCACCGUUGUGGAGACAAUGCAAGGUUAUGAAGUUAAACAAGAACAUGAGACUUGAGUCGUCCUCCUCUUCCGUCAAUGCAGAUGAAAUAAGAGAAUUUGCGGACUGGAUAUUGAGAAUCGGCAAUGGCGAUGCUGGCGAGAUAAAUGACGGUGAUGCCACAAUUGAAAUUCCCGAUGACAUGCUGAUUCGGAAUUCUGCAGAUCCCUUUUUGGAUCUUAUAGAGUUUGUCUAUCCCGAUCUGGUGACCAACCUUUUCACUCCCGAGUAUUUCGAAGGCAGAGCAAUCCUUGCACCCACUAACGAAAGUGUCGGUUUUGUGAACGAUCAUUUUUUGUCGAUCAUAACUGGAGAGGAGAAGGUCUAUUUCAGCUCAGAUAGUAUGUACAAGGAGGAGUUGUUGUCGGAUGUCAACGCAGAAAUAUACUCACAGGAGUUUCUCAACACCAUAUCAUGUUCCGGAAUUCCACCGCAUAAGUUGACAUUGAAAAGAGGUGUUCCCGUUAUGCUCAUCAGAAAUAUCGAUCAGGCCAGAUGA